AAACGACACAUUAUUGAGAAUUGAAAUCGUUCGAGAUGUGAAUACCACCUCGUAUGUCCUAUUAGUAUUAUUUUUUUUAAUAGUAAACAUUUGUAUACGUUCAGUUCACGAGUAACGGUUGACGUUUAGUUGUCACCAUUAUUCACUCAGUAUUAUUAUUCGUCUUUUAAGAUUAAUAUUAUAAUAAAACUUCAAUAUGACUUCGAUGGAAGUAAAAGAAGUGGUCGAUCAUCCCAUUAAAUUAAGAGUGAUGCGCCUUGGUAAACCCGCUAUGGUUAAUUCAAAAGUGGUCACAUGCGAUUCUAAAGAUUUACCUGGAAAUGCAUUGAAUGCCCAUUUGAAAAAAGAGGUGACUACCUUAGCUAAUGCUGAAACGUUAGCAGCUGGAUCGUUUCUCAUGGUCCCAAAUGUUCUUGAAAACUUGUAUCUUGGCGAAACAUUUUUGUGCUAUAUUUAUUUGAAGAAUGAAAGUUCCCAAACAAUUCAUGAUAUAAUAUUGAAAGCAGAAAUAGAUACUGCUACAUCACACAUACCAAUUUUAGGGCCUAAGGCUUUUCCUAAGUUGGAUCCAUAUGCUUCUAUCGACGUUAUAGUAAAGCAUGAAGUCAAAGAACAUGGAAGUGUCAAUAAAUUGAUUUGUCAAGUGGAAUAUGAUCGAAAACAUUCAUUUGAAACAAUAUUCAGCUAUAGAGUUCCAAAACCUUUAGAUCUCAAAACCAAAUUUUACAAUACUGUGACUGAUGAAGUAUACCUAGAAGUUCAAGUUCAAAAUAUAAUGUCGACUCCAAUCACGUUAGAAAAGUUUAUCUUAGAGCCAUCAGUUGGAUAUGAUGUCAAUUUAAUGAAUCAUUUACUUACAAGCUCUGAAAAUAAAUCCGUAUUUGGCGAUUUUGAUAUACUAGACGUAAAAGAAACACGUCAGUACAUGUAUAGAUUAAGUUUAGAUCAAACUUCUGAAAAAAAUCCACCAAGAACGAAUAAUCUCGGGAAGUUGGAUAUUUUAUGGCGAUCUAAUAUGGGAACAAAAGGACAAAUACAAUCCAGUCCAUUAGUGAGACAGAUUCCAGAAUUAGAUGACAUUACAUUUUCCAUAACUUAUUUACCCGAUAUGGUCUUUUGUGAAGAACAAUUUGACUUCACAUGCUCAAUUAAAAAUAACAGAAACCGUGACAUGCAACUAGUUGUUGAAGUCAGUGAUGAAGAAGAUAGCAAUCUUGCUUGGACAAUGAUAUCUGGUAUACAUUUAAGACUUUUACCUCCAUAUUCAACAAUCAAAACAGUAUUUUCGAUGGUUGCUCUUAAUCAUGGAUUACAAGUUAUAUCUGGUAUAAAAUUAAAAGAACUAAUACUCAAUCGAACAUACACUUACAAUAACUUUGGUCAUGUCUUUGUCACUCAAAACCAUAGUUAACUAGUUCAAUGUAAUUUGCAUUUGUUAUUUUUGUGAUAUUUUAAAAAUAAACUAAAUAUCUUAUUACAGUUAAUA